CCCCAAGUGAUACCCUAUAGUCAUAAAUACAAUUUAGCUUUUUCGUAAUAACUGAUAAAGAUUGACUGGUUCAGCUAAUUUUAAGUUCAAUGAAACGUUUGGCGAGAGGAUUAAUUCUUGUUAGUCAGGGUACAACCGUGAGUGAAGCAUUACAUUGUUUUCGUAGUAUUUUGCAUCGCCGUUAAAAAAAAAUCGAAUGACUAAAAAUGACUAUAAAUCGGAUUUUUUUAUUCUGUAUAGAAUUCGAACAAUAAAAAAUGCUGUUUGCACAUAAGAAAAUUUAAAGAAAAGGAUCCCAGAAAAAUUAAAAGUAUCACAGCUGAAAACAACUUCAGAGGAAAACUAGAAAAGUUUACAAAUUUUUGGAAGAGAGCCUUAAAAGCACAUGUGAGCGUGUAUGAAGUGAUAAAUACCAAUCAAAAUAGAGUGGUCAGGAAUCAAAGAAAAAGGGUGCUUUGAAAUUUAAUGACUAUCAUGAGAUCCACGGUAAAGCACAUUUUGCACUGCUGCUUCCUUGUUACAAUUAUUAUCAUUGCCGAAAUAUACUCUGGAGCAAUACGGAUAGAUGAAAAUUCUUUUAUAACAAUUGAUCCUCGUGAAGCAUAUGGUGAUAUUUGGUGUGCUGCACUGUACUUUUUGCGACUUCUGACACUCCUAACAUUACCGCAAGUGUUGUUCAAUUUUUGCGGUCUCAUCUUCUACAAUGCCUUCCCAGAUAAAGUUGUACUUAAGGGAUCACCACUCCUUGCACCCUUUAUCUGUAUACGGGUCGUUACACGUGGUGACUUCCCUGAUUUAGUUAAGACAAAUGUUAUGAGAAAUAUGAACCUGUGCCUAGAUACGGGCUUAGAGAAUUUUCUCGUUGAAGUCGUUACGGAUAAAGCACUGAAUUUGCCAAAGCAUCGACGAAUACGAGAAGUUGUUGUACCGAAGCAGUACAAGACAAAAAGUGGAGCUCUCUUCAAAUCACGCGCACUGCAGUAUUGCCUAGAAGACUCUGUGAAUAUACUGAACAACAAUGAUUGGAUUGUACAUUUGGAUGAGGAGACACUCCUAACAGAAAACAGUAUUCGUGGGAUAAUAAACUUCGUCUUAGAUGGAAAACAUCAAUUUGGGCAGGGAUUAAUUACGUAUGCAAAUGAAAAUGUUGUUAAUUGGUUAACAACACUUGCGGAUAGUUAUCGUGUUAGUGACGACAUGGGGAAGCUGCGUUUUCAAUUCAAGUUUUUCCACAAACCCUUCUUCAGUUGGAAAGGAAGCUACGUUGUCAGUCAAGUGGCCGCUGAGAGAGAUGUGAGCUUCGACAAUGGAAUUGAUGGUUCAAUAGCAGAGGAUUGCUAUUUCGCGAUGCGCGCCUUCAGCAUGGGGUACACGUUCAAUUUCAUCGAUGGCGAAAUGUACGAGAAAAGUCCCUUCACCCUUUUAGAUUUCAUCCAGCAACGCAAACGAUGGCUCCAGGGAAUACUUCUCGUGGUACAUUCAAAAGGUGUACCGCACAAAUACAAAUCCCUCUUGUGUCUCAGCAUAUAUUCAUGGGUGACAAUGCCACUAUCUGCCUCAAAUAUUAUCUUUGCUGCCCUAUACCCCAUCCCGUGUCCGCAAUUUUUUGACGUAAUCUGUACGUUUAUUGCUGCCGUAAAUAUUUAUAUGUACAUCUUUGGCGUGAUAAAAUCCUUCUCAGUGUAUCGUUUUGGAUUGGCAAAAUUCAUCCUCUGUGCAGCUGGAGCUGUUUGUACAAUCCCAAUUAAUGUUAUAAUAGAAAAUAUUGCAGUUGUUUGGGGUUUAUUCGGUAAGAAGCACAAAUUCUACGUUGUUCAGAAAGAUAUUAGGCCUUUAGUUACAGUGUAAAGGAAUCAAAAGAUAUGAAUUUUCUUCUCCUGUAUAUAUGAUAAAAAGAAUUAUGUUAAGAAAAUAAUAUAAUAAACGAUUACAGUAAAAUAUAAAACAUAGUGUAACCUUUUCAAAAUUCAUGCAAAUUUCAUUAUCUCCAAAAUUUUUGUUUUAUCAUAAAUUUACUUGUUCAGUAGUCUCAAAGAAUUAAGAAAUUAUUAAUGUGUUGGUAUAAAAUAUUUCUAUUUAUUACUUGAAGAGUUUUAAAUUUUUUUUAUUUAAAUUCAAAAUUACUCUAAAUAAAAUCAUUUUAACUACAUACAUUAUAGUUGUUAUUAAUGCAUUAUGAAUUUCAAUCAACUAAAAUGGUUUAAAUAUUAAAUUAGAAAUAUCUAUUACUAAAUGGAAAUUCUAAAAAUGAAACCCAAACUUUUGUAAACAAAUUUUCAAAUUAGUUUACAUUCCCUUUAUGUAUUUUUAGUAGCAUAUUAUAAUGAUUCAUUAUUAAUUUAUUAAAUUCUAACAAUUAUGUAUGUACAUUUGGACAUAAUGAGAGCUUGUAUGAAAUAAUUAGGUUACACUGCAAUAUAUAAAAUUGACAAUUUUGUAUUGUCAUUAAUAUUUAAUAAAUUUUACUCUAGGAUAUAAAUUGAUUUUGCACCAAAUAUUUAAAUAGUUUAAAAGAAAAACAAAUUGAAAAUUUUCCUGAUAUUUUUUAGAUAGAUUUUCGAAUAGGAAUGAUUGUAUAAUGCACGAAAUAUCAGGCAAAUGAAAGACAGAAAAACUUCAAAAAAACGCGCAUAAUAUGUAGGUGUAUAAAGUAUUAUCCGAAAGAAUCACAUAUAGGUAGAAAUUGAAAGAAAAUAAUUAUUGAAUGAAUUGGGGAUUAAUAUUUAUGAUUUUCUCAUUAAAUAUAUAAAUAUGGAAAAUCCGCCCAAUAAAAUUAAAAUUUCCAUCCAUCACGCAUUAUUGUAUUCCCUGCUUAAUUAUUUCUUAGUGAGGCUGAACUACGGCAUCAACAUAUUGUGAUUUUUUUUUGCAAACACGUGCGCACUUAAUUUUUAUGAAAUAGUUUAAUUAGGAAUAUAAUUGUUUAGAAAUUCUAUUGAAAAUCAAAAAAUAAUUAUGUGCUUAAUGGUAUUUUUAUUGUUUUUUUAAUCAGAUUUUUUAUGAAUCUUUUUCUUUGAUCUUUUGGAUGGAAACAGAUUUACAUUCUUUUUUUUUAAUUUGAUCUUAAAAUAUAUAAUCAAAAUGAAGACGUAAAUUCUAAAUUCUCCAUAAUUAAAAGAAUUUAGAAUCUGUUUUAUUUAAAGGUUAAAAAAAAAUUAAAGCAAGAUUUUAAAUUGGAUUCUAGCCUUUCGAUUCAUAUCUAAUUUUUCGAGUGAAAGCUACUAGUUUAUUUAAAAUAAUUUUUUUUUAAUUUAUUAAUGUGUUUUGCUUUUAUGCCACUUUUGCCGGCUCUGAUCUCUGACCGAUUUAAAUAAAGUUUUCAAUAAUGACAUUUUCUUGAUCGUAUGUUAGUUAGAAAAUUCAAUAAAGUCAGAAAUUUCUUAAAAAAUGAGAAUACUUGGUGUUCGCCACGAAAUAGAAUACCAACUAAUAGGCUUUCACUCGAAGGAUUUUUUCUUAUUAUUUGAAAAUACAUUCAAUGAUCUUUUUGGCAUUAGCGGCAUUAGCAUUAUACAAAUAAUUGGAGAAUAUGCUAAAUUCUUUAUAAAUUUCUUAUGUAAUGAUUAAAGAAAAGUCUAGUCGCUUUUUUAUCACAUUAUAAUGAUAAAACACAAAACAACAGAGAAUAUAAAAAGAAUACUUUAUAGGAUUUAAUUCUUCUCAUUUAUGUACGAACAAGAAACUCUGAACAAAUAAAAAAAUGCUUGUAUGUUGUAGAUGUAAGAGGUAUUGAGAGAUAAAACAAUUAUAUACUAUACUUUAUUUAAAAAAAAAAACUGCAGCCAAAAUGUUUUUUUGUAUUAUGAAAUUUUUCGCAAAUUGCAGUUAAGUAUGUGAAACAUUUUCGAAUCACAAAUAAAAGGAGCGUGUGCAGUAAAA